AUGCUUGAUCUCUCCUUCAACGGCUUCACCACGCUGUCGAGUGAACUCACGUGUCUGCCCAACCUGGGCGUCCUCUACUUGCACGGCAAUGCCAUCUCCUCCCUGAAAGAGGUGAAAAAGUUGCAACAACUGGAUAACCUGAGGAUGCUCAGCUUGCAUGGCAACGCCAUUGAGAAGGAAACAGGGUACCGGACGUUUGUCAUCAGUGUGCUGCCCGGGCUGAAGAAACUGGACUUCUCGUCCAUCACAGACGCAGAUCGCGAGCGAACAGAGACGUGGCGGCAAGUACACGCGCCAAAGCGGCUCGCAAAGUCCCUCAAACAACCAAAGCAGCCAGAGUGA